AUGGCAAGCUCAAGCUCUAGCUCUAAUCAACAUGUCACAUUGGAUGUUGGAGAAGAAUACACAUACCCGUAUCCAUCAAAUCUUGCUGCAGCAAGCUUUAUUAGUGUGAAGCUGAGUGGUAAGGACAAAUACGGUAUUUGGAAAACACAGAUGCUAUGUCUCUUAAAGAGUCAUGGUAUGUUUGGAUUCGUUGAUGGAACACUUGUAAGCCCUCAAACAAGUAGUAGUGUUUCCGGGAAGGAGAAAGUGUGUGACCACAACAGUCAUUGGCUGUGGACAAGAUCAGAUGCUCUUGUGAAAGGUUGGAUUCUUGGUUCCCUCUCGGAACAAACACUCACCGAUGUUGUGGAUCGUCUUACAGAAAAACUUCAUUUAGAUAGAAAUGCGGCAGAUGAUUUCAGUGCAAAAGAUGUAUGGGAUGAACUGCAGGCUAUGUAUGCUCCUCCUGCUGUUGUUCCACAACUGGCUCUUGUUGUUGAAGAUACACUACAAGAUGAAGAUGAAAAAGACAGAGUAUUGAAUCUCCAAGAAUUGUACAAGUGUGCUCAACUUGGAGAUUGGUAUGGGGUCGAACGCAUAUUGAGUAAGGGAAGAGUUACAGUGAUAGACAAAAUCACGAAUAAUGGCAACACUGCCCUCCAUGUAGCAUUCGGUAGUUCCAAGGAUCGGGAAUUCCUAGAGAAUUUGUUGGAAAGGAUACCCGAGAACACACAAUUAUUGGAUCUGAGAAAUUCAGAUGGAAGCACACCACUUCAUGUGGCUGCCAUUAUUGGCAACACCCAAGCUGCUGACAUCUUGGUGGCAAGAAACCCAGAGUUGUUGUUGGCCAAAGACAAUGAAGGUCAGACACCACUAGCCUUGGCUCUUUCUAAUAUGCAUACAGAGACAGCCCGACAUCUCCUGCAACACAUCAAUACCGAUAUACAGAAGGAUGCUCUGUUUUCUGGCACAACUGGUGAUGAGCUUCUAGUUACUGUUAUUUCCUAUAAAGAUUUUGGCUUUGCAAAAGAUCUGUUGCGGCAUUACAGAACAUUGCAUACUGAUGCUGUGCUAUUGGCUAUAGUUCAAAAUUUCCCUGGUGAACUCAACUUAUUCGAAAGAUAUGUAGUGUCUCCAAUCAUUAAAAAGAGACUUCACAUUCACCGAGAUGCUAUGAAACUGUUGCAGGGUGUAUGUAGUUUGAUAAUGAAAAAUAAAUACUCUAGCUCUUACGAUCACUAUUACACAAAUCCGAUUCUUGAAGCUGCUAGUCGAAAUGCAUACAAGUGUGUAAAAGAAAUUGUGUAUCACUUCCCUAAUGCAAUUUGGAGUGCCAAUGAAGACGGUCACAGCCUUAUUCAACUUGCUGUGAUAAAUCGCUCAGAAAAGGUUUACAACCUUCUUUAUCAGAUAAGUGAACAUAGAAAUAUAUAUCGCACAAUUAAAGACUCUUCGGGCAAUAACCUGUUGCAUCUAGCUGCAAGAUUGGCACCAUCCAACAAACUGAAUCUUAUAUCAGGGGCAGCCUUACAGAUACAACGAGAGCUACAAUGGUUUAACGAAGUGGAAAGCUUUAUUUCUCCUCUAAGCAUCAUACAAAAGAACUCUUUCAAUGAAACACCACAAAUGAUGUUUACUAGAGAACACAGGGAGUUGGUGAUUGAGGGAGAAAAAUGGAUGAAGUCCACUGCGGAGUCCUACGCGAUUUCAACUGCAUUAAUCAUCACCAUAGUUUUCGCAGCAGCUAUUACAGUCCCUGGAGGAAACAACCAGGAGACGGGGAUACCAAUUUUUACCAGCAACACAGCCUUCACAGUAUUUGCAAUAUCAGAUGCCAUAUCAUUAUUCACAGCUGUUACAUCAAUGUUAAUGUUUUUGUCGAUUCUCACCGCACGUUUUGCUGAACAAGACUUUCUCUACAAGUUGCCUGCAAAGUUAAUAAUUAUUUCGGCCACCUUGCUGAUCUCAACUACAACUAUGGUCAUUGCUUUUGGAGCAACAUUGUACCUUGUGUUUGGCCAAAGUAACUCAAUCUUUCUUGUUCCUAUCGCGCUCUUGACAUGCUUACCAAUUACUUCUUUUGUGACCUUGCAAUUCCCUCUUGUCAUAGAUUUGGUAGAUGCUACAUUUGGUCCUACUAUUUUAGGUGCGAACAUGAACAGAGAUUAUUCUCCUCGCUAUACAUAG